AUGGCGCGUGCAGUUCUUUGCAUGGUCGUCGCUUGCAUUUUAUUGCAAUGCGUUUACUCUGCUAAAUUUGAUUCAGAGAAUCGACGUUUAAUUCUCGAUAUCAAUGAUCAAAAGACAACGAACCAACAAUAUUAUUCCUCAAACUUUGACACAAACGCCUAUCGUUAUGGCUAUGAUGUGGGGAAGACUGGAAACUUCCACCACGAGACUCGUGGCCCCGAUGGCGUCACCUACGGUUGUUAUGGUCUGAUCGAUCCCUAUCAUCUGCUCCGCGCAACACAUUAUGUGGCUGAUGUGCAUGGCUAUCGCACCGUGGAGCCGGAGAAGCCAGUGGAGACCUUCCCACCCGGUCUGUACAAUGAGACAAGGGGUGGACCAUCCGAACCGGGCAUUCUGCUGCAGUGGAACGAACUAUAUUUCCCCAUUGGCUGCGGCAAGUUCGUGGGAGGUGCCGUCCAUGAUAUACCCUAUUUCGUAAAAGACGAUAAUAAGGACAAGGGCGAUGGCCUCGCACACUCCUCGAUAAACAUACCCUUGGUGAAGGGCGAGGCCCAGAAGAGUCUGCCCAUUCACAAGCAGGGACCCAAGGGUCUAUUCCACACGGAUAGCGGACAUACGUACGGAGGUCCUGGCGAUCAGGCGCCAUCCUUCCAUUCAGUGAAAACUCUCAGACCCGGAGCGGCUGGCGGCAAUGAUGGAGGCUACACGCCAGAUGAUAGUCCCUAUAAGCAUGUUGUGGGCUCUCAGGGCGGUGUUGGAGGCAAUGGAGGUUUUGGUCCAAAUGGUGGACCCAACGGUGGUUUCGGCAAUAAUGGUGGAUUUGGAGGAAAUGGAGGAUUUGGACCCAACGGACCGGCCGGUCCCAAUGGCCCUGGUGGCCCUAACGGCCCUAACGGCCCUAACGGACCCAGCGGCCCAUCUGGACCCGUGGGACCAUUUGGACCAGCUGGACCACCUGGACCCCCAGGACCCCCUGGACCUAAUGGACCUAACGGACCAGUCGGCGUGGGAUCCGGAGCCUCAGGAAAACCGGUAUAUAGGGAUGGUGAUCGCACUGGCAGUGGUGCCGGUGGCGGUGCCCAUCUGGGAAGCGGUGAUGGCGGUCCUUAUGGCCCGCAAAGCGGGGGCAAUGGCGCCUUCACUGGUCUCUCAAAUACCGGUUUUCCUGGGGCCGUGGAAUACACUCCAGGAUCCGGCCCAACUGGACCUCCAGCUCCACCAUAUGUGCAUGUAGUUGGACCUAAUGGCGGAUUUGGCGGCGAUGGCGAUGGCGGCGGUACCGGAGGAUUUGGUCCUAACGGACCCGGCGGACCAAAAGGACCUGGCGGACCACGCGGACCAGGCGGACCUAAGGGACCCUUUGGCCCACCGGGGCCUCCCGGACCACCAGGACCACCUGGACCUAAUGGACCCACUGGUCCAGGACCAAAAGGACCCCCUGGCCCACCCGGACCACCUGGACCACACGCACAUGGCGGACACGCAGAGCUUGGCCCACUAGGCCCACCCGGACCAACUCGUCCAGGACCACCUGGACCACCCGGACCACCCGGACCAACUCGUCCGGGACCACCUGGACCACCCGGACCAACUCGUCCAGGACCACCAGGACCACCCGGACCAACUCGUCCAGGACCACCCGGACCAACUCGUCCAGGACCACCACCACCAGGACCAAGACCAGACGAUCCCAGGCAUUCGGACAAGGAUACACCUGGCUACUUGCCACCAGUUCAUUUGGGUAAAAUCGAACAACCAUCGCUAUCGAAAGUUAUUCAACCGACCCAAAAGCCGCAAACUUUCAAGCCAAAUUACGAUCAUAAUGAUAAUUUUGUGCAUAAGAAAGUGCCGCCAUCAACAAAAGCACCACUAACCUAUAUUCCACCUUCUUUCCCAAAUACCGUUCCUAUCCAUGUUCCUGCGAAUCCCACACCACGACCGCCAACCCAAACUAAAACCACGACGAUAAUACAGCCCCAGCCCAAGGUCCCGGCUAUCACUAUUAAAACGGAUAGACCAGGCAUUACAAACACUGGUAAUUUUAAUAUCCAUAAGACUGUACCGAUUGUACCGGCACCCAUACCCACACACGCAUCCGUACCCGUACACGUACCAGUACCAGCACCCGCACCCACACCCAUCCCAUAUAAACCGAUACAGCCAGUACAGCCACACUUUGUCAACCCAUACAGUCCAAAGCCAACGGCAUCGAUACCAAUCGAACCCGUACGAAACACGAUCAAUAUACCGACCUAUAAGCCAUCGACACCGCGGGCAUUUGAGCCAGCGCCGACAUACAAACCGACAACCAGACCAGUCAUUUACACUGAACCGAGACCGACGAGCACUGUUUAUGUUGAGCCCAACAAGAAAGUAACUCCACGUCCCUCUCCCCCAUUGCAUGUGCCGUCGCAACCGCCAAGCAGCGAAACCUGCGUUUGUAAUGCCGAUAAGACGCAUUCAUCAAAAUCAACCUACUCCUCCUCCUCCACCUACCCUAACUCGAAUCCGGCCUCGGUCGACUUUAACAAACAAUUCUCCGGUUUUAAUGGCAAUUUCGGCAGCAUAAUGAACACCAUGUCACUAACACAACUGCCUGUCGUGCCGCAGGCACCAGGCCAUCCAGCCUUCUAUCCACCCGACAAGAUACCCAAAGGUGCUAUGAUUGCAUUCAUGCCGGUGGUAAUACUGCCACAAGAGUACUACGCCAACUGCGAUGAUAAUAACCUGCACACGGCCAACAAAUAUCAAAAAAUCGAUCCUUUCCCACUGGGCGUACAGCCAGCAGCGAUACCAAAUAGCUUCAGUGUACACUCGAUAUUCUCGGGCGCCGGACCGAAGGAUCAAUGUAUGUGCCCCUGUUCCUGUACCCAGAAUCUGGAUAAAUACCAUAAGAAGCGCGAGACUAAUGCUGAGGAUGCUGUCGCGGUGAAAGCAUCUGUUGAGACACCUGCUGCUAAGCCUGAUACUCCUGCUGAGGUGAAGGCUGCGGCACCUGUUGCUGAGGCUGCCACACCCACAGAAGUCAAGGUUGAGGCACCAGUAGCUGAGGCUGCCAAGCCCGUAGAAGUCAAGGUUGAGACUCCAGUAGCUGAACCAGCCACACCCACAGAAGUCAAGGUUGAGGCACCCGUAGCUAAAGUUGAGGAAGUCAAAGUCAAGACCGAAGUCAAGACAGACGAGCCACUUGUGAAGGCCGCUUCCGAGGAGAGCAAAGCGACAGCUACUGUCACCGACGAUAAGCCAAAGGUCGAGACUGUAGCCGCGCCGACAGCGAACUAGAGACACAACAAAUUGACGUCUGGACAUCACUGAGUCUACCCCUCCCAAAUCCCAGCUCAAGCUUACAGUCCCGCUCCCAGCACCUCCAACAAACCCUGCACUUUGAUUCCCUUAAUCCGCAGCACCUCAACUAACCCAAUUUACCAGCCCAAACAGCUUAGUCUAAGUGUUUUUAUUAACGAGAUUACUCUCAGCCAGGAAAGGAUAACAACAAGAAAAUAUUAGCAAAAAAAAAUAAAAAUAAAAAAAAUAAAACACAAUUAAGAUAGAUAAAAGAGAGAUGUAAAUAAGUGCCCAUUGAAUG